GAGGGCGAGGGGCCGGGCCGAGGAGGGACAGCGCGGGCCGGCGGAGGCUGAGGCGAGCCGGCCGGCGGGCAGGGGAGGAAGGCUGGCUCCCCGCGGCGGGCGCUGGCAGGUCAGGAGGCGGCUGCGCCGGUGGCUCCCCGCGUUCCUGGCUCUCGGCUGCUGGGCGCCCCACGCCAUGUUCUCGGUGCUCUCCUAUGGCAGGCUGGUGGCCCGGGCAGUCCUGGGCGGCCUCUCGCAGACGGACUCCCGUGACUACAGCUUGGUGACAGCCAGCUGUGGCUUUGGCAAAGAUUUCCGCAAGGGCAUCCUCAAGAAAGGCAUGUGCUACGGGGAUGACGCCUGCUUCGUGGCCCGGCACCGGUCGGCAGAUGUGCUGGGGGUAGCAGAUGGUGUAGGUGGCUGGAGAGACUAUGGGGUUGACCCUUCUCAGUUCUCAGGGACUCUAAUGCGAACAUGUGAACGUUUAGUAAAAGAAGGACGGUUUGUACCAAGCAAUCCUGUUGGGAUUCUCACCGCAGGUUAUUGUGAGCUGCUGCAGAACAAAGUACCUUUGCUUGGAAGCAGUACAGCUUGUAUAGUAGUUCUGGACAGAACAAGUCAUCGUUUACAUACAGCCAACUUGGGAGAUUCUGGAUUUUUGGUAGUCAGAGGAGGAGAAGUAGUACAUCGAUCUGAUGAGCAGCAGCAUUACUUCAACACUCCGUUCCAACUGUCAAUAGCUCCACCGGAAGCAGAAGGAGUUGUCUUAAGUGACAGCCCUGAUGCUGCUGAUAGUACUUCUUUUGAUGUCCAACUUGGAGACAUUAUUUUGACUGCAACAGAUGGACUGUUUGACAACAUGCCUGACUACAUGAUUCUGCAGGAGUUAAAAAAGCUGAAGAACUCCAACUAUGAGAGUAUACAGCAGACUGCAAGAAGCAUUGCUGAGCAAGCUCACGAGCUGGCAUAUGAUCCCACUUACAUGUCGCCGUUUGCACAGUUUGCAUGUGACAAUGGAUUGAAUGUGAGAGGGGGAAAACCAGACGACAUCACCGUCCUUCUUUCUAUUGUAGCCGAGUACACAGACUGAUCUGCCCAGAGUGUCAGCUUCUGAUGUUUUCGUUAUCCCCGAGCUCCUAGCUUCACACGUACGGUUUCCUGCUGGCAGGAUUGCUUUCUUCCUUCGCAGCUGAUCUCAGCAGCCGGUUCUCCAGCUCGUUGCCCGUCUUGAGACGCAACUGAAGUCCUUGUUACGAACCACUCUCGUGGUACACUGGUCUCUGUCUGCCAGCAAGAAAUGAAGAAGCUCAAGGCUUGAAGCAUGUCUUUUCAGAGCUUAGUCGUCCUUAAAAGGGGGAGGAUCAAUCCCACGUCGUUACUGCAUUUGAAAUGUGACUUACUUUCAAAGGAGUAGGAUUGGUUUAUCAUCUUUCAAACUAGAUUCAGUAGAUAAAACCUCUACAAGAGGGCAUAUUACUCUAUUUACUAGAAACGUUCACUAUUCAUUAAAGGGUAUGUUACAGAACACAGUUUCAUAAGCAUAGUCUUGUUACAGUGGUAGCUGAGGUUUCGUGUUUCUAAGCUCCAGUUUUCAGGAGAUUUAUAACUGCUGUAAACAUUCUGCUCUUGCCAUACAUGGUGUCAGCCUAGGAGCCUUUUCUAGUACAAAAUUUCAAAAACCAUACUUAGUUCAAGUUAUAUGGAUGCAAAUGUGUUUUGUGAUUUCAGGUGCUUAACUGUGAUCUUAAAAGUUCUGCAGAUCAUUUGUCCGUAAUGGGCCUGGUAUCUGGAUGUUUUGGCUGUGGAUAAUUUUUUUUUUUUUUAAACAAAAAUUUUAACUCAGUUUCAAAAAGCCGAGCUGGCCAAAGUUGAGGUCCUUUCAGCAUUUUAACCCAUCUCACCAGCGCGGGCUGAUAUGGCGUAAAUGCUACAGUGGGAGGUUGCACAAAGAACAGAUCAUCCUCAACUCUGAACAUCUUCACUUUUGGUAGAUAAUUCUGUUGUUAAUGAAACAUGAUUUGUGUUAGUAAUUGCUAUUCCCGCUUGUGUAGAACAGAAUAUGCUGCAACCAGUUGAAGUCCAGUUGAUCCUUACCUUUCUGACUCUCAAACAAGCACCUCUUUGCUUAUGCUGUGGCAGCAGCAGUUAAGUGCAUAAAUGGAAACUAUUAACGAAUAAUCAGCAAAACUUACAUUUCAGUAACUAAAGUUUAGGGUUUUUGGAAUGAACCUUAAUGAUGUUUACAGUUAUCUAACAGCCACUUUGCAAUAUUACAUUUCCUUUUGAAUUACAGUAGCUUACAUUUGUUCCCCCUGUUCCAGCAAGCUUUCCUUUUUCUUUCCCGAGGUUCAUACAAAAAGCUGAUAGCUGUAAAGAUAUAUAUAUUUUUGGUCAGUUUUUCAUUAACUUUUUUGCUGGUAGAAAAGUAUGUAGAAAUAAAUUAAAGCCAUGUUUUUAUAUAUAAAAAGUCGGGUAAUGUUGCUGUUUAGGUGAGUGCAGUUAAACUUGGUCAGUAAGUAAUCUUACCUGCUCUCAAAAGGAGAUUUUUACUACCUGGUUUAUUGUAUUAAAACUGUUUAAGUUUGAGGUUACCUCAACUUGUUUAAAGAAUUUUUGUGGACUUGUACUGUAUAUUUGCGUAACUAUGUUAAGCUUUUAUUUAAGGUCAUUUAACAUGUACCAUGUACAUGUCAUUUUACUAUAUUUCAAUGCAUCAUGCUUGUAACAGGCAUUUCAUUUAUAAUAAGAGUAAGUGAUUAAUUUGGAAGCUCUUCAGUAAUUUAUCUGCUAUUCCUCAAUUGGCAUAAUGUUAGCUAUCUAUUUUAAAUCACCUUGUAACUACUUGUCAAAAUGCCUUAACUACCCGAACUUGACCAAAAUAUUAUUUUGGUGAGGGUAUGGGGAGGAUUAUAUUAAUGAAGAAAAAUUAAUUAGUUUUGCGAUCCAUGGAGCAGUGAGUGGUGGAUAACUUUGCACAAAUUGUCAGUCCUUGUUGUUUUUUAAAAUUGAACAAGCUGUGUCUAGCUGUCUCGUUAGAAGGAAUGUAUUCACACUGCAGUAUAGGGCUUUGUUUCUAGCAUUUGGGAGGGGUAUUUCUCUCAAAUCUGGGCGUCUUUACAUUUUAUUCUCCAGUAUUCACUGUCACGCUUCUUGAUUAGAGCAGAUUUGAUCAAUGAUUCUUUCCCUUGAACUUACCUUAAAAUGAUGCCCCUGCAGACCUGGACUGUGUUGCAGUCUGACCCCUUGUUCUCAGCAUGCUCAUCCCCAGCCCUUGUUAUUCCACCCCCCCACCCCACCCCCCGCCCUUUCUAGAACUAUACAUUGGGAGAUGUAUGCGGAUCAGAUAGAUGAGUACAGUGAUGGUGCUUACCCCUGCGGGAGGUGUUGUGAGCGCUGUAUUCCACCGCUGCUGGGCUGGGGUCUGGAAUCCCCGAGCGAGCGGAGAGACUCGGCUGGCUUCUCUGGAGCUGAACCGUGCUGCCUGGCAGCACGGCGCCAAGCCUGGCGCUCUCUUAAAGCCGUUCUUAGCUGAGCAGUAUCAACAAAGCCAUUUGCCUCAUAUCACAUUGUGAUUUUUUUUUUCUUUUUUUAAUAAAGAACAAAUUUGGAUUUUGUUUUGCAAAUCAUGAGUUUAUCCCUCACCGGACACACCAAAGACCAGUAAAGCUUAUAGCUUUUCCAUCUGUUUAUAAAGCAAUACUGUAUUAUAAAGAAUUGAUAUUUUUAUCACAUGCUUGAUUGUUUUUGGUUUUGUUUUGUUUUUUUUUAAAAAGAUGUGCACUCAACAUAUCAAACCUAAUUUCUUCCUAUGAACUUAAGCUGUCUGCGCACAACCAAUUUUUGGAAAAGGAAAUGACAGGGCCCAUACUAUCAAAAUAAUUUUAAAUGAUGCAUGAAGCAGUAACACUUGCUAGGAAUUAGAUUAUUGUGACUAUUCAUGAGAGAGGCAUACAAGAAAGGUGUGCUGUGAAAUGGAAGUGUGUGCAAGUGGAGCACAGGUUGGCUUUCAGCUGCUGCAGAGGGGGUGUGUGUGUGUUAUCAGGAGCAGCCACCUGAAGGAAAAGGAAGAGUUUUACACACCAGUAACUGCGUAACAUCACAGGACUGGCAGGAGCUGGGAUUUCUGCAGCAGCGUUACUAGGUAUUUGGGUAAUACAGGGCUAAGAUGUGGUGAAUUGGAAAAACUCUGUGGUUCCUUGCUACUUUUACGGCUACCUUUGGGAGACCUGCAACAUACAGUUUUACUCUAAAUGUACUUUCUUUGUGUUUAUGAAGAAGGUAUGGCUGAAAAAAAAAAUACCACAAAAAACCAGAUUUUGGGACCAGUUAUGACUGAGUCAAGGAGAAGGGAGAGGCAAAGGUCUGGCAGAGACGUGAAGGAUUUUGUGAUGGAAUCUCUGUCUCUCAGUAAUGGACAUCCUUUCUCCAGGGAGAAAACUCGGUUGAUUGUGUAGAAACUGACUGUAUGAAGUAGUUUCUUACAAAGAUAGCUGAAAUAACGAAGCAAAUCUGAGUCUGUAUCUAAUGAGGAUGCUUUUUUGUUGUUGUUAAAAUGAGACUAUCAUCUAUGCUUACCUAAGAGGCGAUUAUGUGAAUUUCAUGUCUGAGGUAUAACUUAUGCAGGAAUAGUUCUGUAAAUACAUUUAAAUGAAUUGUAAAGAUAUUUAAUAAAUAUAGUAUUUAUACUAAAA